CUUUCACCGCUAUCGUGUGACGCUGUUCACGUUGCUCGUCGACGCCGCCGCCACACAUUCGUUCAAUCGACUGCCGACGCUCGUUCCGCCGGCACGCAUCAGUUGUACACCGUCUGUUGCAGCACACCGUUGAGUCCGUCCUAACAACCCCGACUCUUAGAUCACCACUGCCGACGUCUCGCUCAUCCUGGGUUUUUCGAUAUCUAAGAGUUCUCAACCGUCAUCCGCCAUGGCUUCGUUCGACCGAUUGGGACAGUUCCCUCAGGGAUCAGCCCUGCCCGUUUCACCGGCCCUCGUCAGCGGACUCGAUCAUCUUAGGGACGGACGACUGAAUAAAGAAAUGGCUUUUUCAAUCGAAGAAAGACAAUCUUUGGGCAUUCAUGGAUUAUUGCCACCACGUGUUAAAACUCAAGAUGAACAAGUGAAACAUGCAUUGGCUAACAUUGACCGUUUUAGUGACGAUCUUAAUAAAUACAUAUACCUUAUGGGCUUACAAGAUAGAAAUGAAAAACUAUUUUACAGGUUAAUGGCUGAGAAUGUUGAAGCAUUUAUGCCAUUGGUUUAUACACCAACUGUCGGAUUAGCUUGUCAAAAGUAUGGUCUCAUUUUCCAAAAACCCAGGGGGCUUUUCAUAUCUAUUCAUGAUGCUGGUCAUGUAUAUGAUGUAUUGAAGAACUGGCCUGAACAAGAUGUUAGGGCUGUUGUUGUAACUGAUGGUGAAAGAAUUCUAGGUCUUGGUGAUCUUGGUGUUUAUGGUAUGGGUAUUCCAGUUGGCAAAUUGGCAUUAUACACAGCUUUAGCUGGAAUUAAACCACAUCAAUGUCUUCCUAUUACACUUGACUGUGGAACUAAUACUCAAUUACUAUUGGACGAUCCUGAUUAUGUUGGUUGUAGACAAAAACGUGUCACUGGCCAGAAAUAUGAUGAUUUUAUCGAUGAAUUCAUGCAGGCUGUUGUCAAACGAUAUGGACAAAAUUGUCUAAUUCAAUUUGAAGACUUUGGGAAUUCUAAUGCUUUCCGAUUCUUGGAUAAAUAUCGUAAUGUAUAUUGCACAUUUAACGAUGACAUCCAAGGAACAGCUUCUGUGGCAUUAGCUGGUCUGUUUGCUUCUCUACGAAUAACUAAAACUAAGUUAUCUGACAAUGUGAUUUUAUUCCAAGGUGCAGGAGAGGCAGCCUUAGGGAUUGCAGAAUUAUGUGUUAUGGCAAUGCUUAAAGAAGGGACAUCUUUGGAAGAUGCCCGAUCAAAAAUUUGGCUUUUUGAUUCCAAAGGUCUUGUAGUUAAAGAUCGUCCUGAGGGUGGAAUUACUGGACACAAGGUAGAAUAUGCCAAGACCGUGGCUCCUGUUAAAAUACUUGCUGAAGCUAUCAAAAAAGUUAAACCUACAGUACUUAUUGGUGCUGCUGCUAUUGGUGGUGUGUUUACAAAAGAAAUCAUUCAAGGAGUGUCAUCGUACAAUGCUCAUCCAGUCAUUUUUGCUUUAAGCAACCCAACAAGCAAAGCUGAAUGUACUGCUGAACAAGCAUAUACUUAUUCAGACGGUAAAGCUAUAUUUGCUAGUGGUUCUCCAUUUAAUCCAGUGACUUUCAAAUCGAAAACCUACUACCCAGGCCAAGGUAACAAUUCGUACAUAUUCCCUGGAGUAGCACUUGGAGUUAUUUGUGCUGGAAUCAGAACCAUUUCUGAAGAAGUUUUUAUCAUUGCUGCUCAAACAUUAGCUGCACUCGUGACUGAGGAAGAUUUGGAAAAUGGUAGUUUAUAUCCACCACUGCAGUCUAUUAAGGAGUGUUCUUUGAAAAUCGCUGUGAAAGUAAUUGAAUAUGCAUAUAAAACUGGUGUAGCCAGCACAUUCCCAGAACCUGAAGACAAAGUUGAAUUCAUCAAGGCACAGCUUUACAAUUACAACUAUAGUUCUGCAUUACCACCUUUAUAUUCUUGGCCAUAACUUUGUUCAACAAUUUAAAUGGAUAUUAAUUUUCAAAAGUCAAACUAUGAUGUUAAUAGCUUUACUACAUCCCCUUGUUACACCCAAACAAGGCUUUCAUAAAUAUUUACACUCAAUAUACAAAGAUAGUAAUUCCAAUAAUAUCGAUAACUUUAUUUUUUGUUGACAAAUUUUACAUGUGGGGGUUGGUGAAUUAUUUUAUAUUUUCUUCUUUAUUUUAUCUAUAUUUAUUUUAAGUUGUAAUGUACUUUUGCUGCUGAAAGUGAAGUUUUUGACAGUGGCAGAAUUUUGUUUGUUUUUUAUUAGUAUGAUUUUAUUUGUUAAACAAAUUUUCCUAACUCAUAAGCAUAUUGUUGUAAUUAAUAAUCAGCAAUUAUCCAACUGAAUUAAAAAAUUGAAUUAUUA